AUGAAGGAGUCGGCAGUGAGCGCCCUGAAGAAGAAAGGAUGGAACGUGAUCGAGUCUGACCUCUAUGCCUUGAAGUUUAAUCCCGUGGCGUCGCGGGAUGACAUAACAGGUAAACCUACUGAUCCAGAUCAUUUCAAGUAUUCAGCAGAGACUGCGCAGGCGUGGAAGGAAGGCCGCCUUGCCAAAGACAUCGUUGAAGAACAGAAGAAGCUUGAAAAGGCCGAUCUUGUCAUUUUCCAGUUUCCCGUGUAUUGGUUUGGGAUGCCCGCCAUAAUGAAAGGAUGGCUCGAUCGAGUGUUGACUUUGGGUUUUGCCUACACUUUUCAGACCAUGUUCUCAGAAGGACUAUUCAAGAAUAAGAAAGCUUUGCUUUCAUUCACAACUGGCGGUCCACAAUCAAUGUACACCCCUUCAGGGACGAACGGAGACAUGAACGUCAUUCUGUGGCCAAUCCAGAAUGGUAUUCUGAAUUUCUGUGGCUUUAAAGUCUUGGAGCCCCAAAUCUUAUACGCCGUGGCUCACGUGCCCCAGGAGGCCCGUGUGGGGAUGCUGAAGAGCUGGGAGAAGCGACUGGAGACCAUUUGGGAUGAAAAUCCAGUCAAAUUCCUUCCACUUCAAGACUUUGAAGGCUUCUCUGGUGGAUUUGUACUGAAGAAAGAGGUGGAGGAGUCGCUGUCUGAAUCCAAGUAUGCUCCAACGGUGGGGCAGCACCUGGGGAAGCCUCUACCACCUGACAGCCAGGUGAAAGCAGAAUGCUCCAAGCUGUAA